GCCCACUAAACACAAACAAGGCCCAUUUUCAACAUUCAUUUACAUACCAGUAUUAGGGUUUCCUCACAUUACUCACAGAAGAACGGAGAACAGCAGCACCGCCGCUAUCCACCGGAGUCGCUGACAACAGGAUUUAAGAGUGAAAAUGGCGGACACUAAGGCAGUGACAAUCCGUACGAGGAAGUUCAUGACUAACAGGCUUCUGUCAAGGAAGCAAUUUGUGAUUGAUGUGCUUCAUCCAGGAAGACCUAAUGUAUCCAAGGCUGAGUUGAAGGAGAAGUUGGGAAGGAUGUACGAGGUUAAAGACCCAAAUGCUAUUUUUGUAUUCAAGUUCAGAACCCACUUUGGUGGUGGUAAAUCAACUGGUUUCGGUUUGAUUUACGACUCUGUUGAAAAUGCAAAGAAGUACGAACCAAAAUACAGGCUUAUUAGGAAUGGUUUGGAUACCAAGGUUGAGAAGUCAAGAAAGCAGUUGAAGGAAAGAAAGAACAGAGCAAAGAAGAUCAGAGGUGUAAAGAAGACCAAGGCUGGAGAUGCUGCCAAGAAGAAGAAGUAAACACACUGAGAGAUUUUGUUGAAAUUUUCGACUUCUAUUUACAUCUUUUUAAACUUUAAGCGGUUAUUACUAUGCUGAUGUGAACCGGGUUUUUUAGAGCUUGAUAUGUCGAGAACCUUUUUUGUAUUAUUUGUCAACUUUUUUAUCUUAUUUUGGAUGCUUUGUUA